AUGCUGGAAUCUUCCUCUGGGAGGAUCAUCUCCAUCUUCUUCUUCCAGGUGAAUUGGAUCUGGCGAUUGCUGCUUUGCGCGGCUGUUACUUGGCUUGUAUUGCGGAAAGGAUUCACGGAGGAGUCUUUGCUUGUUAUUCGGGGAUUGGGGGUUCAGACGAGUACGAGUAGUCCUACUUACUUCUGGACGAGUUCGACGCGAUUCAUUCCCACGAGUUCCAUACAGGAUAUUUUCAUUUAUGAGGCUUUCAAGGGAUUCGAGGUGAGAUUCUACUUGAGUAUUGUGGUGGAGGGAGAGGAGGAUGUUGUCGUGGUGUUUCCUAGCUUAUUGCCUCGAAGAGAGAUUUUGGAACAAGUUUGGCGAGGUGCACGCGCAUGUCUAUACGAGCCCAAGUCUUGA